AUGUUUAUAAAUAGCGGUCAAGGGCGCGAUUAUCUUUGGAUUGGUAAUUUGCCGUAUGAGACGCAGGUGGAGGAUUUGUGGAAGUUGUUUGGGUCGGUAGGUGCGGUGGAGAGCAUAGAGUCGCACCGUGAUGCGAAGACGGGUCGAUCGACGGGGUGGGUCUUUUGUCAUUACCAAGACAUGGAGAGCGCGUCGGUGGCGAAGUCGUUGUUGAACGGGAUAUCUUACGGCGGGCGCACCCUGGCGGUGGAGUGGGCGGGCAACCGGGACGGCGAUGGGUUGGGCAUGCGGAGUCGGUGGCUGAGGCAGCAGACCGAGAUAGCGAGCAUGUCGGUAGCCGAGUUGCAGGACAUGGUCGCCGCUGUGGAAACGAUGCUGAACAAAAACGACACACUCAAGAAGACCAUCGUGGUCGAAAAACCUGAUGAAUGGGAAGCACUCAAGACAUGCCAAGCGGCCCUGACCGCCCUGCAAACGGAGGAAGCCGCUAACCCAAGCAAUUUGUAG